AUGUCACAGGUCGAUCAACCACCUCAGUGGGCCGAUGCCCUGAGCAAGAUCCUCCUGGAUCUCAAGAAUAAGAAUGAGGAACAUAGACAGAAGGCUGCCAGAGGCCUAAGAACAUAUGUAAUAACUCAAUUCAGAGAGAUGUCUAAUGAAUCGUUUACAAGGUUCAUGGGCGAUGUAAAUAAUAUACUCUUUGAGCUGGUGAAUAGUAAUAGCAUAUCUGAUAAGAUUGGAGGUAUUAUGGCCAUUGACGAGUUGAUUGAUGUGGACUAUGAUGAGAAUGCAUCAAAGGUGACAAAGUUUGCCAACUAUCUACGUAUCGGUCUGUCGACGAACGACUUGACUGUGAUGCUGAUGGCCUCCAAGGCGCUGGGCCGUCUGGCCCGCUCAUCCGGCACAUUGACCGCCGACAUUGUCGAGUUUGAAGUGACACGUGCGCUCGAGUGGCUGAGCGGCGACCGCUACGAGAACCGUCGUCACGCCGCCGUGCUCGUGCUCAAGGAGCUGGCGCAGAACUCCCCGACACUGUUCUACGUGCACGCCGCCAACUUUGUCGAUCAGAUCUGGGUGGCAUUGCGCGACACCAAGGUGGCGAUUCGCGAGGGUGCCGUCGAGGCGCUGCGCGCCUGUCUCGAGCUGAUCGCCGAGCGUGAGAGUCGUCUGCGACUCCAGUGGUACCAGAAGAUCUAUGACGAAUCACAGAAAGCAUUCAAACAGAAUGGCUCGCCCGAGUCCAUCCACGGCUCACUGCUCACCCUUGGUGAGCUACUUCGCAACACUGGCGACUUCAUGUUCAACAAGUUCAAGGAUGUCUGCGAGACCAUCCUCCGAUACAAAGAGCAUCGUGACAAGCUCGUUAAGAAGACUGUGAUCACGUUGCUACCAAGCAUGGCACUCUUCUGUCCAAAGGACUUUGUACAUCAUCACCUUAACAACUGUAUGAUACAUGUGUUGGCAUCACUAAAGAAUCAAGGAGAGCGAUCAUAUUCAUUCAUUGCUCUGGGCGAGAUCGCGUUGGCCGUGGGCGGUAACAUCAAACCCUACCUGGAAAAGAUCGUGGUGACGAUCAAAGCAGCCCUGACGAUGAAGGGCAAGCAGUUCAAUCCAGAGGUGCUCACCUGCAUCAGUAUGCUGUCAACGGCCGUCGGCCCUGUGAUGAUCCAGCACGUCAAUGCCAUCCUCACACAGAUGUUCACGCCCGGUCUCACCUCGGUGCUGAUCGAUGCGCUGCGCGACCUCACCGUCUCUCUACCGUCGCUCAUCCCUCAGAUUCAAAAGAUGCUGCUGUCGCUUGUGUCGCAGGUGCUGGCCAACAAACCAUUCCAGGAGCCUGGCACUCCGUCACAGUAUCGCAAGAGCUCGGGCACAUUCCAGGGCGUGUUGGUCACAUAUACGCUGCCCAACCCCGACUCGGAUCCAUCGGUCACCGCGCUGGCCUUGAAGACUCUGGGCUCAUUCGACUUCUCCAAUCACAACCUUUUGGAGUUUGUUCGCGACACUGUCUCCACAUUCUUGGACGACGACAACCCCGAGAUUAGACGCGAGGCAGCCAUCACAUGUGCCAAACUCAUGGUCAAACCAGGCGAACCGGCUCCCACAAGAGGCCACACAUCAGUCAUUGUGGGAGAGGUGCUGGAGAAGCUGCUCGUGGUCGGUAUUGCCGACCCCAACCCAUCAAUCCGUCGCACGGUGCUCAGCUCACUGGACACUCGAUUCGACCAUCACUUGGCGCAGGCUGAGAACCUGCGCAGUCUGUUCAUCGCGCUCAACGACGAGGUGUUUGAGAUCCGCGAGCUCUCCAUCUCAGUCAUUGGCCGUCUCACAAUCCGCAACCCCGCCUACGUCAUGCCCUCUCUCAGAAAGACACUUAUCCAGCUGCUGACUGAGCUGGAGUUCAGCGGUGACAGUCGCAACAAAGAAGAGUCGGCACGUCUCCUCGGACAUCUGAUCGGGGCCUCUGAGAAGCUCAUCAAGCCCUAUGUCGAUCCCAUACUCAAAGCCCUGUUGCCCAAGCUGCGCGACAGCAAUCCACGUGUUGCAUCAUGUGUGCUGGCCGCACUGGGCGAGCUGUCUGUCGUGGGCGGCGACGAGAUGACCCAGCACAUCGACCUGCUUCUGCCACUCAUCAUCGAGACACUUCAAGAUCAGUCGUCGACUAGCAAGCGUGAGGUCGCGCUCAAGACCCUCGGACAACUCGCAUCCAGCACGGGAUAUGUUAUCCGUCCCUUUGCCAGAUAUCCCGCGCUUCUCGACAUCCUGCUCAAUGCUCUCAAGACCGAACGCAUCCCAUCAAUCAGACGCGAGGUUAUCAAGGUGCUGGGUAUCCUCGGUGCGCUCGACCCAUACAAACACAAGAUGAACGAGCUUGGACAGCGACGCGAGGACCCCAAGUUGGACGACAAAUCCUCGUCCAAUGGCGUGUCGGCCAUUGAGCUGGUCACAUCCCCAGCAUCUGAGGACUACUACCCCACAGUGGCCAUCACGGCCUUGAUGAAGAUUCUUCGCGAUCCAUCAUUGUCCAGCCAUCACACGAGCGUCAUCCAGGCUGUGAUGUUCAUCUUCAAGAGUCUGGGCCUGAAGUGCAUCCCGUUCCUCCCACAGAUCAUGCCGCCCUUCCUCCAGGUGAUGAACACGUGCGAGCCUGGCUUCCGCGAGUUCCUCUUCCAACAACUGGGCUCACUCGUGUCGAUCGUCAAGCAGCACAUUCGUGACUACCUUGUCGACGUGUUUGCGCUGAUUGAGAAGUACUGGAACUCCAGCUUGUUGAUCCCCAUCAUCAAUCUGGUCGAGGAGAUCUCAUCCGCGCUGAACGACGAGUUCAAGGUGUACCUGCCCAACCUGAUCCCACAGAUGCUCAACGUGCUGCACACAGACCGCUCUCCCAAGCGCCAGCCCACAUCCAAGGUUCUCAAGGCACUCGAGGUGUUUGGCACCAACCUGGACGACUACCUCCAUCUGGUGAUCCCCGCAGUGGUCAAGCUGUUUGAACAGGUGGAUGUCACAACGCAGGUGCGCAUCCUGGCCAUCCAGACCAUCGGUCGUCUGUGCAAGAAGCUCAACUUCUCUGACUAUGCCUCGAGAAUCAUACAUCCAUUGGCUCGUGUACUUGAUGUAGACGGACCCAACGAGCUCAAGGACGACGCACUAGCCACGCUCUGCUCGUUGGUCUUCCAACUUGGCUCAGACUAUGCAAUAUUCAUCCCAAUGGUUGGCAAGGUGUUGGCCAAGCGCGACAUCCAGUUCAACACCUAUGAAGUGCUCGUGUCCAAGUUGCUCAAGAACCAACAGUUGAUUGGUGCAUCGGGCGGUGACAAUGACUUCCCAGGCUCGCGACACCCCGACACAGCAUCCGAGGAGGCCACGACAUCUGUGUCUCCGGAGAUGGGCUUCAAGAAGCUCAAGGCCAAUGAACAGCAUCUCAAGACGGCCUGGGAGACUUCACAGCGAUCCACCAAGGAGGACUGGGUCGAGUGGAUCCGUCGUUUCUCUGUCGAACUGCUCCGCGAGUCUCCUUCGCCCGCACUACGCUCCUGUCUCUCGCUGGCCCAGGACUACCAUCCACUGGUCAGAGAACUGUUCAAUGCCGGCUUUGUCAGCUGCUGGACCGAGCUUCACGAGCAAUACCAAGACGAGCUGGUGCACAGUCUCGAGACUGCGCUCAGCUCGCCCAGCAUCCCACCCGAAACACUACAGACCCUGCUCAACCUUGCAGAGUUCAUGGAGCUACAUGACAAACCACUCCCAAUCGACAUCAAGACACUGGGCGCGCUGGCCGAGAAGUGUCACGCCUACGCCAAGGCGCUACACUACAAGGAGAUUGAGUUCCAACAAUCAACAGCCGUCACCAAUCAAACAAUCGAAGCGUUGAUCAGCAUUAACAAUCAGCUUCAGCAGCCUGAGGCGGCUAUUGGUAUCCUGAUCUUUGCACAAAAGAACCACAGCGUCGAGCUCAAGGAGAACUGGUACGAGAAGCUGCGUCGCUGGGAGGACGCCCUGUCGGCCUACGAGAAGAAGCAGAAGGACGACCCACACUCAAUCGAGAACACCCUGGGUAUCAUGCGUUGCCUACACGCUCUGGGCGAGUGGGAACGUCUGGGUCAGCUGUCGCACGAGGUCUGGAAGAACGCCAACGAGUCGACCAAGUCGUCGGUGGCGCCGCUCGCAUCGGCGGCCGCUUGGAACUUGGCCAGCUGGGAGUCAAUGGAUGAGUACGCCAAGGCCAUGAGUCAGGAGACGAUAGAAGGCUCAUUCUACCGCGCCAUACUAGAGGUGCACAAGGACAACUUCACCAACGCCCAGCAUCACAUUGAGCGCGCACGCAGUCUCGUCGACACAGAGAUCACUGCACUGAUUGGCGAGAGCUACAAUCGUGCUUACAAGAUGGUGGUGCGACUGCAGCAGCUGUCUGAGCUAGAGGAGAUCAUCGAGUACAAGAAGUGUGGUGUUGAUGGCACCGAUCGCAAACAGCUUAUUCGCAACACAUGGAAGACGAGACUAAGAGGCUGCCAGCACAACGUGGACAUCUGGCAGAGCAUCCUGGCGGUGCACUCACUGGUGAUUUCGCCACACGAGGAGCUGGACAUGUGGCUCAAGUUCAUUGGCCUGUGCAGGAAGAGCUCGCGUAUGGGUCUCGCUCAAAAGACGCUCACCAUGCUGAUGGGUCGCGACCCUGCCACACAGCAGUUUGGCGGCAUCCUGCCCAACACACAUCCAAAGAUCACGUUUGCCUACAUCAAACAGUUGUGGAGCGCCGGUGCCAAGCCUGCUGCCUUUGAGCGAUUGCGCACAUUCGUCCAGGUGCUCAAGGAUACCGAGGACCUGCCGCUGCAAGCCCGCGCCUACUUGAAGCUGGGCGAGUGGCAACUCGAGCUUGGAGUGACACUGAACGAGUCAUCCAUCCCAGGCGUCGUAUCCUCAUUCCGCUCCGCCACAGAGUGUGAUCCCAACUGGUACAAGGCAUGGCAUUCAUGGGCCCUCAUCAACUUUGAGGUCGUCUCACACUUUGAACAGAAUGGCGGCACGGCCGAACAGAUUGCCAGCCACUUGAUCCCAUCAAUCCACAGUUUCUUCCGCUCGAUCGCACUGGCGCCCGAGAAGUCGUUGCAGGACACACUGCGUCUGCUCACUCUGUGGUUCAAGCACGGAGCACAAAAGGAUGUCGAGGCCUGCCUGCUGCAGGGCUUCAACACAAUCAGUAUCGACACUUGGCUUCAGGUCAUACCUCAGCUGAUCGCCCGUAUCCAUGCACCAGUGCUGCCAGUCCGUCGCCUACUUCACGAGCUUCUCGACUCGAUUGGCAAGGAGCACCCACAGGCGCUUGUCUACCCGCUGACUGUCGCCACCAAGUCUCAGUCACCGGCGCGACUGGCCGCAGCAAAGGCCAUUAUGGACAAGAUGAGGAAGCACACCAAUCUGAUCGAUCAGGCGCUGCCAGUCAGCCAAGAGCUGGUGCGCUGUGCCAUCCUCUGGCACGAGAUGUGGUACGAGGGUCUGGAGGAUGCCUCACGUCAAUACUUUGGCGAGCACAACCCAGAUGCAAUGCUUGCCACCCUCGCCCCGCUGCAUCAGAUCAUUGAGAAGGGACCAGAGACGACGAGCGAGACAUCAUUCAUUCAUGCAUUUGGUCGCGACCUACAGGAGGCGUUGGAGUGGACCAAGAAGUAUGAGCGAUCGAGAAAGGAGGGCGACUUGAACCAGGCAUGGGACCUCUACUACCAGGUGUUCAGAAGGAUUUACAAACAGUUGCCACAAAUGAUCUCGUUGGAGCUACAGUACAUCUCGCCUCGAUUGAUGAACUCGCGCGAUAUGGAGCUAGUUGUGCCGGGCACGUACAGAGCCGGCGAGCCUAUCAUCAGGAUUCAAUCAUUCUCACAGGUGCUCAGCGUCAUCCCCUCCAAGCAGCGACCAAGAAAGCUGACGAUCAUUGGAUCGGACGGCCUCGAGUAUACAUUCCUGUUGAAGGGCCACGAGGACCUUCGUCAGGAUGAGAGAGUCAUGCAGUUGUUUGGUCUGGUCAACACGUUGCUCAGCGCCAACCACGACACGGCCAAGUCACACUUGAGUAUCCGUCGCUUCAGUGUCAUCCCCCUUUCACCCAACUCUGGUUUGAUUGGCUGGGUGCCUCACUCGGACACACUUCACGCACUGAUUCGCGACUACCGUGAGAGCACCAAGACUCUGCUCAACAUUGAGCAUCGCCUAAUGAUGCAGAUGUGCUCUGACUUUGACAACCUUACACUGAUGCAAAAGGUCGAGGUGUUUGAGUACGCCCUGGAGAACACCAGCGGCCAGGACCUGCACAAGGUGCUCUGGCUCAAGAGCAGGAACUCUGAGACAUGGCUGGAUCGUCGCACGAACUACACAAGAUCACUGGCAGUGAUGUCCAUGGUGGGCUACAUCCUGGGACUGGGCGAUCGCCAUCCCAGCAACCUGAUGCUGGACCGCCACACGGGCAGAAUCCUGCACAUCGACUUUGGCGACUGUUUCGAGGUGGCAAUGCACCGAGAGAAGUUCCCCGAGAAGAUCCCCUUCCGUCUGACCAGAAUGUUGAUCAACGCAAUGGAGGUGUCUGGUAUCGAGGGCAACUUCCGGCUGACGUGCGAGGCUGUGAUGUCUGUGCUGCGCAAGAACAAGGAGUCAUUGAUGGCCGUGCUAGAGGCCUUUGUCCACGACCCACUGAUCAACUGGAGACUGCUCACGCCCAAUCACGAGAAGGAGACCAAGAUCAAGCAGGACCUGAUCGAUCACGAGUCGCCAGAGCCCUCGCUCACCACCUCACCCGUACACAGACAACCCACGAGAGGACGUGUCGACGAACAGGUUGAGGAAGUUGUUCCAGAGGCAUUGAACGAGAGAGCACUCUCUGUUAUCAAUCGUGUCAACAAGAAGUUGACUGGAAGAGACUUUAGCAAGGAUGAGACAUUAGGUGUACCAGAACAAGUUCAGAAGCUAAUCGAUCAAGCCACAUCACAUGAACACCUUUGUCAAUGUUAUGUUGGUUGGUGUGCAUUCUGGUAA